CAAAAAUAUAGCCUUUUAAUUAACACUGAUGAUAUAGGAUCGUGUCAGGAACGAAGUUGACACUGCUUUGCAAAAACAUGGGGAGAAAUUUACUAUGAAUUUACUGCAAGAUUUAUCAUAUUUAGACAGAUGUAUAAAGGAAGCAUUGCGCUUAUAUCCCAGCGUAUAUCUAAUAUCACGAAUUCCUGCAGAAGAUGUAAAAUUACAAUCAUAUAUGGUACGUGCUGGGACAUUCUUGCAUCUUAAUAUUUACGGAGUCCACAGAGAUCCCAAUUUUUGGCCAAAUCCAGACAUAUUCGAUCCUGAUAGAUUUUUGCCUGAAAACAUCCGAAAUCGUCAUCCUUAUUCAUAUAUACCGUUCAGUGCUGGACCACGUAACUGCAUCGGCCAACGAUUUGCUAUGUUGGAAAUGAAGGCAAUGAUAGCUCCUCUGGUGCACAACUUCUAUUUGGAGCCCGUUGAUUAUUUGAAAAAUCUUCGGAUACAGAUUGAUCUGACCCUUCGGCCUGCUGACCCAUUUCAUGUACGAUUCGUCCGUAUCUGAGAAACAAAUGCAAGUCUUCGAAGCUAAUAUUGAUAUGUUACUAGAGAAAAAGAAAAGUCUAUUUGGUUUCAAAGUGAUUGCCACUAGUGUCGUUAUAGUGACACUUUGUACGCGUGUUAAAUACGUUAUUACGUUAUUGUUGUACGGACACAAUAUAAAAAUGUAAAUAAGUUAUAUGUAGAAUAUUUAAAUUCGGACCUAAAUGUUGGUUGAUUGUUUACGUAAAUAAUUGUCAAGAACUGUCUGAACUGUACGAGACGAGUCCUUUUGCACGUGUUAAGUUAAAUCAUAACAAUCCAGGAAAUGUCAGCGAGUCAAUUUUCUACGAAAAAAAAGAGGAAAGUAGUUUGGAAAUCGGUGUGCUGUAAAAAGUGUGAGUGUUUGUAUUACAAAUUUCGUCUAGGUUCGAAAAUUAUUUGUCACAUUAUUAUAUUGCAACACCAAAUUCUUUACUCUACAAUGUUUUAUCGUUUUUAUCACUUUCAUAUAUACUUUAUCAUUCCGUUGCGGACUGUCUGUACUAAUUUGUCUUUUCCUCUUUCUGGUGAGUUUCAUGAACGUUAUUUUUUCGUUUGCUACCAAUUUUCAUUUCUAAUCGACUACAUUUUAUCAGUUUGCCGUUUUGGAUUUAAUUUUUAUCUUCGGAUUUUAACUAAUUGGAGACUCGUGCUUUUUCCCGAGAGACCGGAAGACAGUUAAAAUUUCACUUUUAUAUUGGUAUUUUUUGGACUGUAAAUAUUAAUCUAUGUGACUUUUUAUCACACUCUUCAUUAUUUACACUACAUAUAAUAAAUGUUGUUUAUAUGUAUAAUAUAAGAAAAUUAUUAUUACCCAGUAGAGGAGUAUACUUAAAGUCGCCAGUGAUAAAUAAAAUUGAAAUAAAAUUCUUAUUAAUUCACCUGGCAAUAUAAUUAAGUGUUACAACUGGUACGACGUUUCGACCCAAGUAUCAGGUCUUUAUUAAGUAAGCGGAGUAGUUCAUAAAUGUUCGCAGAGCAUAAAUUAUAACAGACUCACAAGUCAUUGUCAACGCAGAAAAUCGUCAGGAAAAUAAUUUUAACUUAAAUGAGCACGUUCGUGCGUUAUAAAGUUCCGAGUUGAACUAUUGAUUAUUUUCUUAAUAUAGUCAAUAGAAGAAAGGGUGGUAAAAUAUGGAACUCUGCUCAUAAUAUGAAACACUUCGAUAUCUUGAAAGCAUUUAGUUGCACUUUAUAGAUUAUUGCUGAAACCUGUUUAUUAGAUUACUCUUUGGUCCAUAAGAACGCUUGCGUCACUAGCUUUGUGAUAACGAUAGAGUAAAAGAGCUACUCCUUUUUUACUGAAUUCCGUAUGUUGCACAGAUCUCUUAAACAAUAUGUACAAUAAAACUUUUAAUCAUUUCGAUAAUGAUUAAAUUUCAUGUCUC